GCCACUUGUGGAAGACAGGGCGGUACACAAAUUGUGAACUUCCCGGCAUGCACUUUGUAAUAUAAAAAAAUCGCACCCACGUGUUUUCACUCUGCCGGUCUUUUUUUUUGGAAAACAUCAAGAGACCUGGACGCUUGCAGCAUGGCCUGUGCUGAAAUUGCACUACUGAGUGUGUCCGAUAAAACCGGACUGCUGGAUUUUGCUAAGCGUUUGGUGUCCGUGGGACUGUCCCUCGUUGCGUCGGGGGGCACCGCCAAAGCUCUUCGUGAUGCAGGACUGUCCGUUAGGGAUGUGUCGGAAUUGACCGGUUUUCCCGAGAUGUUGGGGGGCAGAGUUAAGACUUUGCACCCUGCGGUCCACGGGGGGAUUUUGGCCCGGCACACCCCCUCCGAUAAAGCUGACAUGGAGAACCUCGGCUUCAGUCUGGUCAGGGUGGUUGUGUGUAACCUGUACCCGUUUGUGAAGACCGUCUCUUCCCCGAAUGUGACUGUGGCAGAUGCCGUGGAACAGAUUGACAUCGGUGGGGUGACGCUCCUUCGUGCGGCUGCCAAGAACCACGCUCGAGUGACCAUCGUGUGCGACCCUGGAGACUAUGACCUCGUUGCUACGGAGAUGGAGGCAUGCGACAGCAAGGACACCACACUGGAGACCCGCAAAACCCUGGCGCUGAAGGCCUUCACUCACACCGCCCAGUAUGACGACGCCAUCUCAGACUACUUCCGCAGGGAGUACAGCGGGGGGGUGUCCCAGCUGCCCCUGCGUUACGGCAUGAACCCCCACCAGGCCCCCGCCCAAAUCUACACCCUGCGCCCCGCCCUUCCCAUCAAAGUGGUGAACGGGUCGCCGGGGUUCAUAAACCUGUGCGACGCCCUGAACGGCUGGCAGCUGGUCAGGGAGCUGAAGCGCGCCCUGGGCAUGCCCGCCGCCACCUCCUUCAAGCACGUGAGCCCGGCAGGUGCCGCUGUUGCUGUUCCGCUGAGUGAGGAGGAGGCUAAAGUCUGCAUGGUGAACGACCUUCUCCAGGACCUCACCCCACUGGCCACCGCUUACGCCAGAGCAAGAGGCGCUGACAGGAUGUCCUCAUUUGGCGACUUCAUCGCCCUGUCUGACGUCUGCGACGUUCCCACCGCCAAGAUCAUCUCCAGAGAGGUCUCCGAUGGGAUCGUCGCCCCGGGUUACGAAGAGGAAGCGCUGAAAAUUCUCUCCAAGAAGAAGAACGGCAACUACUGUGUCCUUCAGAUGGACCCAGAGUACGAGCCUGACGACGCUGAGGUGCGCGUGCUGUUCGGACUGCACCUCAAACAGAGGAGGAACGGGGCCGCGGUGGACAAGGCCCUCUUCAGCAACGUGGUCACCAAGGGCAAGCUGUCUGAGAAUGCGGUGCGUGACCUCACCGUGGCGACUAUUGCCCUCAAGUACACCCAGUCCAACUCCGUGUGCUACGCCAAGGAUGGCCAGGUCAUUGGCAUCGGGGCGGGACAGCAGUCACGGAUCCACUGCACCCGAUUGGCUGGAGACAAAGCGGACAACUGGUGGCUCAGGCACCACCCCAGGGUGCUGUCCAUGAAGUUCAGGAGCGGCGUGAAGCGGGCGGAGAUGGCCAACGGCAUCGACCAGUACGUGAGCGGGACGAUCGGAGAGGGCCCGGACCUGGCCGUGUGGAAGGGCCUGUUUGAGGAGGUCCCGGAGCCGCUCUCGGAGACGGAGCGCAGGAACUGGAUCAGCUCCCUGCAGGCCGUGGCCCUCGGCUCCGACGCCUUCUUCCCCUUCAGAGACAACGUGGACCGAGCCAAACGGAGCGGGGUGGAGUACAUCGCCGCCCCCGCGGGGUCCACUGCCGACCAGGUGGUCAUCGACGCCUGCAACGAGCUGGGCAUCAGCCUGGCGCACACCAACCUGCGCCUCUUCCACCACUGAGGAGGUCCGUUACCCUGCGGCGCGACGCGGCGCGUCGCCAACCCUAAAUCUCCUGUUGCCGUUGGCGACGCCCGCGCUCAUUCCGCGCUUGAGCACUUCCAUACGCGCGCACUCCUCUGUGUCGUUCGCCGUGCGCUCCGAGCAUUCCUUCCCUACUGGAAACCGUUACUGUUUUUCUAAGGUUCCUCCAUGAAAUGAGGAAAAUAAAUGGGUUUGGAUAUAAUCCCCGUGAUUUGUGAAGUUCUUUUCUUAUUUGUACCGAGUGAGAUGGACAGAAUGGACAUGCGGCUAGUUCAGGUGACUUUCCUCAAUGUUACAAAAUGAUAAUCGUGAUUUAGAGGUUAUUUUUAGUAUUCAGUCUCAUUAUUUCCAGAUUAGAUAUGGGAACUUGUCCAAACGUAUUGUAGAUAACCUUUCUUAGAAAGCCAUUGGAAGAAUUUAAAAUGGUGCCAAACUGCAUGUCGUGUUUCGAACUGACUUUCUGAUGUAACAAAUUUUUUUUGUUCUCCAGCAAAUUGGUAACAUUUUGACCCACCUGAGAAUUAAGAAUUGGCUCAAUAUCAGAAUUCUGAAUUGUUGUAGUACUUGUAUGAAUAUCUGAUGUACUAUGCAAUGCAAAGAAGAAGCUAGAAGUUGGCUGAGUUUGAGUAGUUGAGUCAUCCAAGGCUGGAAUUUCAUUAUAACCAGAGCUUGGUUUAGGAUUAUUUGGAAGGUCUGCCUCAAACUUUCUUUAAGAUGUAGAACAAUCCUGACCUGCUGCUUUUGUGUCUGAAACCCAGCCACACCAUCAGUUUUCAUGUAUUUGCUAAAAUGGUAGAACUAUAAUGUUGUAGCGACUCAUAAUUGCAUAUAAUGUUGUAACUUGUAAUAACCUGCCUAUAAUUUUGACCUCUGGGACAUGAAGUCCAAACUACUCCUACCUGCUUGCGAAUAUAAAAAUGCUAAUCUAUACAUGCAAGAGCUAUAAAGUUAGAGACAGUAUUUAUGCUGCGUACAUCCCUUUUUAAAAUAAAAAAAGCAGUCAAAAAUCAGACGUUUUUUGAGGUUCUUGUAAAACUUUAUUAAAAGGAAUUUCUGUCCACAGUAGUAAAGACUUUGGCACCUACAGUAUAAAAAUAAAAAAAAGUUUACACCUCAAAAUUUGCAUUCACACAAAAUGCUUGGAAGAGAGGGAUAAAUAAAACUAGUUUUUUUUUUUUCUUUAAAAGUGAAAAACUACAACAAAUCGGUCGAGAUCGGCAAGCGUCACGGACAGUGCUUCCCCUACGAGAGCAGAAGCUAUCGGAGAGAAAUAAAACGAACACGCAUUUCAGGACGGGGAAGCGAACGUAGUCUGCGCACGGGUUCGACAGCUUGCGUUUGCUAAAACAGUGCUUCAUUUCAGAUGUUUUUUCUAUUUUCUUUUUUUUUUUUCUUAAAAAACAAAAAAAGUACAAUAACAGAAAAGUGACAACACUUAACACGCUGUUACUCAACGUUGCAUUUAGAGGAAUACUGAAAGGCGCACACUGCCCAAUCCUGGGCUCCAAAAUCUGAACUAACCAAUCGGAACAGGAACCAACAUUGCUAGUCACUCUGACUCAAAAUGGAGGGGGGUAAAAAAAAAAAAAAAACUUUCCUUUACGGCCUGGGUGUCUCCAUGGGGGUUCGUCCUCCUACACUUUUCCUGUAAAGACUACAAACCCCAGGGCCUUUUGGGACUACGUACAGGAAACGCUGCACAGGGAAUGUUUUUCUUUAAAGUGUCUCAAAGGGGUGUUAAAAAACAGGACAUCAAUUAACCAACUGUUUGGGGGGGG